CCGCCGGUGCCGCCCUGCGGGGGCCGUCGCCCUUGGCUACGGCCAUGGCGUUAGCGCCGGGGGGCCCUGAGGGGCUUCGGAGGCGGACGGGGCGCUGGCCGCCGCCGCCGCUGGUGGUGGUGGUGGUGGUGUGGGGCGCCCUGUGCCUUUGCCCGCGGCCGGCGGAGGCCCUGGUGGAGGGCUUGUACUGCGGGAAGCUGGUGUGUUACGACGUGCUCGGCGUGAGCCGCGACGCCAGCAAGGCUGAGAUCGCCCGCGCCUACCGGCAGCUGGCGCUGCGCUACCACCCGGACAGGCAGCGGGACCCGGACGGCAGAGGAGCCGAGAGCGCUCAGGAGAAAUUCUUGCUCAUCGCCACCGCCUACGAGACCCUCAAGGAUGAAGAAACUCGUAAGGAUUAUGAUUAUAUGUUGGAUCAUCCUGAGGAGUAUUACAGCCAUUACUAUCACUAUUAUUCUAGAAGAUUGGCACCCAAGGUGGAUGUCAGAAUAGUGAUUCUAGUCACUGUCUGUGCCAUCUCUGUAUUUCAGUUCUUCAGUUGGUGGGGCAGCUACAAUGAAGCUAUCAACUACCUAGCAACGGUGCCAAAAUAUCGUAUACAAGCCACUGAGAUUGCCAGGCAACAAGGGCUAUUGAACAGAGCCAAAGAAAAGGGCAAAAACAGGCGGUCCAAGGAAGAAAUCCGCAAGGAAGAAGAGGAAAUAAUUAAAGAUGUAAUAAAAAACAAAAUAGAUAUCAAGGGUGGUUAUCAGAAACCCCAAAUAUACGACAUUCUCUUAUUCCAAAUUGUUUUAGCACCCUUUUAUCUCUGCAAGUACAUAGCAUGGUAUUGUUGGUGGAUUUAUUGUUUCAAUAUCAAAGGACAAGAGUAUGGCGAAGAAGAGAAGCUGUACAUCAUACGUAAAUUCAUGAAAAUGUCACAGUCUCAGUUUGACACUUUGGAAGAUCAGCAGAAAGAGACUUUUCUUGAACGACAGCUCUGGAUAAGAGAGAACUAUGAGCUUUACAAACACGAGCAAGAGGAAGAGCUGAAGAAGAAGAUGGCACUAGACCCUCGAUGGAAAAGAUACCGGCGGUGGAUGAGGAAUGAAGGACCUGGAAGACUGACUUUUAUCGAUGAUUAACGUUCACUAAAACAUGUAUAGUCCCGUUACAGAUGAUUGGCAAGAAAAUCCAUACAUAAAAUAUUCAGAGUUUAACUGCUGUGUCUCUGCAGUGUUCUAAAACUCAGGAAUUACUCAAUCAGGCAGAAAACUAGUAACAUUUUAUGAUUUUUAUAUAUAAAUAUAUAUAUAAAAUAAAAGCAAAUCUGUUAAGUGGACAA